UGGCUGUCUGUGUGCCCAGGGCGCUGUGAUUACGGAAUCUUCUGGAAGUGGUAGCGCCAUGUGCACCCGGGGAUUGGCCUGGAAGCAGAUGGUGAAGGUGUACAAGUCCCGUCAGGUAGUCGGCACGCUGUCUCUGUAUGAUUUCCGGUAUUCAGAGGAGGAGUGCAGCCCUUAGGCUCUGUAAUCUACCGUCCCAUCCCACAGCCAGCCCAGGAAUGUCAGGGGAGAGGCGGGGCGUCCAGGUGAGGACAGAGUCCUGUGCACACCGAGAGCAAUCCCUGCUGUCAUCUCACUAGGAGAGAGUGCAAGCUCUGCGGGCGAGCAGACACCGGAUUGCCCUUAUAGCAGCACGCAGGAAAGGGUGACGGGAAAUCUGGCUUCCAGUCCACGACCUCCUCUGUCCCAUCGCCUGGGAAUGUCGCAUGGUGCCGGGAAUUGCAGACAUAUUUACACUCCAUUGGCUCCAUACUGGAGAGGAGAAUAAGGAGGAUUGGAUGAAGCUUGUGAUAGGCCCGGUAAUCCAGGAGGCGAAGGAAUAUACAGCAGGGAUCCAUGGCGGAGCGCUUGAAGGAUUCAGACUCAGAAGGGUCGGACGACGAGAUCAUCUGGGAGAAGCCAGUUAGUGAUUGGACGGUGCAGGAUGUGUGCUCCUGGCUCCAGUAUGGACCCCUACAGAACAGCGCUGGGCUCCUCCAGGCAGCUUACACUCAUCAAAUCUCAGGUCGAGCUCUGCUUAGGCUCUCCGAUGACCUGCUGCAGCGGAUGGGGGUUCAUCAGGAGAGUAUGCGUAGGGUGAUAUUGGUGGAGGUCCUGGAGCUGAAACUGCAGCAAGAGUUACAACAACUGCUGCUCAUCACUGAAGAAUGAAGCUGGGAAGAUCUGACCAAUCACAUCGCUGAAGCCGCUGAAACAUUAGAAGUGUUUAUGUUACAAAGUGUUAUAUGAGGAGAUCCUACCGACGCCAAAACCCCGAUCAGGGUCUGGUGCCACUCUAAUAUACAGUAUAUAACUGCCCAGAAGGGUGCAGAGUUUGGUACAAGUCCAAUAUACAGGGUAUAACUCCCUAGAGGAGUGUAGGUGGUAGGUAGGUGGAGAGUGCAAUAUACAGUGUAUAUCUCCCUAGAGGAGUGUAGGUGGUAGGUAGGUGUAGAGUGCAAUAUACAGUGUAUAUCUCCUGAGAAAGGUACAGGGUCUGGGGCCAGUCUAAUAUACAGUAUAUUACUCCCUAGAGGUAUGUGUGUGUGUAGGUGGUAGGUAGGUGUAGGUUGCAGAGUAGGGUGCUAGUCCUGUCUGCAGUAUAUAACUUCUGAAAAGGGUGUAGAGUCUGGUGCCAAUUUUAUCUACAGUGUAUAUCUCCCAAGAAAGAUACAGAGUCUGGUGCCAGUCCAAUGGGCAGUGUAUAUCUCCCCAGAAAAGACCAGUCUGGUGCCAGUCCAAUGGGAAGUGUAUAUCUCCCCAGGAGAGACCAGUCUGGUGCCAGUCCAAUGGGCAGUGUAUAUCUCCCCAGGAGAGACCAGUCUGGUGCUAGUCCAAUGGGCAGUGUAUAUCUCCCCAGGAGAGACCAGUCUGGUGCCAGUCCAAUGGGCAGUGUAUACCUCCCCAGGAGAGACCAGUCUCAUGCCAGUCCAAUGGGCAGUGUACAGCUCCCCAGGAGAGACCAGUCUGGUGCCAGUCCAAUGUGUAUAUCUCCCAGGAAAGACCAGUCUGGUGCCAAUCCAAUCGGCAGUGUAUAUCUCCCCAGGAGAGACCAAUCUGGUGCCAGUCCAAUUGGCAGUGUAUAUCUCCCCAGGAAAGACCAGUCUGGUGCCAGUCCAAUGGGCAGUGUAUAUCUCCCCAGGAGAUACCAGUCUGGUGCUAGUCCAAUGGGCAGUGUAUACCUCCCCAGGAAAGACCAGUCUGGUGCUAGUCCAAUGGGCAGUGUAUAUCUCCCCAGGAGAGACCAGUCUGGUGCCAGUCCAAUCUGCAGUAUAUAACUGCCCAGAAGAAUAUAGGGGGGUAGGUAGGUAGAUGUAGGGUGAAGAGCCUGCCUGCUACCAGUCUAAUAUGCAGUAUAUAACAACCUAUCGUAUGUAGGUAGGUAGGUGUAGGAUACAGAGUCUGAUGCUAGUCCAAUCUGCAGUAUAACUGCCCAGAGGUAUGUAGGUGGUAGGUAGGCGUAGGGUGAAGUAGAAUCCAUAGCCUGCAGGUCACCAUGAGUGGUGUGUAAGACGUGUACAGAUAAGUGGUGUCAAAAUCCAUACUGGAGCUGGGCUGGGCAUCCAAUAAUAAGUCAGGACGCCCCCCCCCCCUUCACACAUAUUGGUGAAAACCCUUUCCAUAUAUUAUACCGGGUGUGCCACCUCUGGUGCCAGGUGACCUCUUGCCCUCAAAGAACACUCCAGAAUUUGGGAGUCAUCAUCUCCUGGGACAGGUCUGAUGUUGCGCAGAUAACCGCCCCCCAAAAAUUCCUUCUAGUCCUUGCCACGUACGGGGAGAUCUUCUACUGACUCACAAGGGCCCCCGUGUGCCCAGAGGUGCCCAAAGGUCUAGAAGGAGAAGAAGAAGAAGAAGAAGAAGAAGAAGGUUUUUCUUUGGGAAUAAUAAAGUCCUUCAAUGUUUCCAAUUAUUUGUUUCACCGGGAAAAAAAGGACCAUUCUAGAAUAAAACAGACAAAGACGAAACAUGUUGAGGGAGCAUGAUGGAUCCAGCAUAUGAAACGUGUCGCUCUGACCCAGGAAGAGAGCGAUCCGGUAUUCAGUGUAUAUAAGGGAAGGAUUUGUGUCAGAGAUACAUUCAAUAAACAAUCAGCUUUGUGGUAA